UAACGCAACUGCAAAAACGGCAAUGAUGGCCUGUUGCACAUUGGGCCUGCCGGACCUCCGCCUCACGCUGAGCUCGGCUAAUUGUGAAGCUAAACAGUACGAAUCCGAGUCCGAGUCACAGUCCCGGAAGCUCAAAGGGAGCGCCCAAUUGAAACGGUGGUCUCGAACCCGUUCUAUUCGGUCGGGCCGCAAAUUGGAUCGCCUUGGCCACCGGGAGGCGACAGUGGAAGCGAAACAUCCGCUUCAGUCCAGAGAGAGCGCGUCUAACAUUGAAUUUACUUCUGCUGCUGUCUCGCCAACGGACGGCGACGAUGAAGAUCUGGAGAAGAUGGAGGGCAAGUCGAUAUACAUGGUUUCUGACGGAACUGGAUGGACCGUGGAGCACUCAGUCAACGCCGCGCUAGGGCAGUUCGAGCACUGCUUGGUGGAUCGUAAUUGUGCAGUAAAUACCCAUUUAUUCUCCGGGAUUGAUGAUGUAGAGCGGUUAAUGGAAAUUGUAAAGCAAGCCGCCAAAGAAGGUGCAAUGCUAGUAUACACUUUGGCUGAUCCAUUCAUGGCCGAGUCUGCCAGACAUGCCUGCAGGUUAUGGGGUUUAGAGUCUACUGACAUACUUGGGCCAAUCACUGAGGCCAUUGCUUCUCAUCUAGGUGUCUCGCCAUCAGGUCUACCCCGUGGUGCUCCAGGCAGGAAUUUCCCCCUUUCAGACGAAUAUUUUCAACGAAUUGAGGCAAUUGAAUUCACCAUCAAGCAAGAUGAUGGAGCGUUACCUCAAAACUUGGAUAAGGCUGACAUCAUUCUUACUGGUGUCUCACGAACUGGAAAGACACCGUUAUCAAUUUACUUGGCGCAAAAAGGAUAUAAAGUGGCAAAUGUCCCAAUUGUAAUGGGUGUGGGUUUGCCAUGUAGCCUCUUCGAUGCAGACCCCAAAAAAGUUUUUGCAUUGACAAUAAAUCCUGUAGUCUUACAAACAAUUAGAAGAGCGCGAGCUAAAACUUUGGGCUUUAGUGAAUGGAUGAUGAGUAAUUAUUCGAAGAUGGAUCAUGUGAAAGAGGAGUUAGAAUUUGCUGCCAGAAUUUUUGCUCAAAAUCCUAUUUGGCCUGUUAUUGAGGUGACAGGUAAAGCAAUUGAAGAAACUGCUGCAGUUAUAUUGAGGCUUUACCAUGACCGGAAACAUAAGUGUUCGAUGCCACGGAUCUCCAAACUGUAUUGAGAUGAAGGAAUGUGCGAGGAUCCCAUGCUCAUCUUAAACGGUAUAGAACCCCUUUCAUAGUGUUCUUGUGAUUGUAUAGGUCGAAUGAUACGAAGAAUAUAGCGUAAUGGAAUUGACUCUUAUAAUUGUUUAUAAUGAUUGGCCACAUACUGUGCACUUUUUUUUUAUAUUAGCCUGGUCCUUAAGUAGUUAAAUAUAAACCUGGACCAUCUUCUUGUUGUAUCAA